AUGAAACCCCUCGUCGCCGGCCUCAUCUCCGCCGCCGCCGCCUCUGCCGCCUUCAACCCUCUCGCCCAGCAGCAACCCAUCAUGCCCGGCGGCGACCGCCUCCCCGCCCAGCCGGACAACAAGUCCUACGCGCAAGAAACCCCCCCUCCGCCCGCAAUCAAGUUCAAAACCGGCAGCAGCCCGCCUCCCCCUCCUCCCAAAGACCAAGACGCCCACGAGAACAAGUACGAGCCCCAGGCCCAGCCGCAGGUCUCGCUCAGCGACACCAUCGGGCCCCUGCGCUCCAUAUCGUCCUUCUCGUCCUUCACGCGCCUCUGCGAGUCGACGUCGUCCCUCCUGGCCGACCUGUCCGCCCGCACCACCGUCCUCGCCCCCCUCAACUCGGCCGUCGACAGCCUCCCCCGCAAGCCGUGGGAGUCGCCCGCCGACUACCGCGCCCUCGGGUCCCAGGCCUACGACGGCACGGGGGGCCAGGACCGCGCCAACAAGAACCUCCUGCGCUUCGUGGAGGCGCACCUCGUCGCCCAGAGCCCCUGGCCGCGAGGCGAAAAGGCAAAGACCCUCGCCGGGAGGGAGAUAUGGUGGGAGGAGGAGAGCGACGGCCAGAGGGUCCUGAUGCCCGACCGCGUCGCCGUCGACCGGGUGGCCAGUCGGGUUUCAAAUGGCGAGCUGUGGAUCAUCAGGGGCGUUAUCAACUACACGUAG